GAGGCGGCGCGGCGGGGGCGGCUGCGGCCAUGGGCGCGGAGCGGCGGCGCAGCGCGGCCGAGGGGCUGUACCGGAGCCUCCGCCGGAUAUACGAGGAACGGAGGGAAGGCGCCCCGGAGCACCCGCGGCUCUUUGAGACUGAUGUAGAGAUCUGUUGGAUUGGUGAUAGCUGCAAAAGUCCCAUUGAAAGAUUUUGGCAUGGCAACAGUAUGCAAUAUAUUUUGCAGAAAGCAAGGCACAAUGAAGAAAGUGACCCUGUGGAAGAAUCAGAAAGAGAUGAUGUUUAUGGCUCUGAGCUUUUGCCAACAGAGAGUUCUGGACCUGCGGCUCUUUCUGUCACAAGAGCAAAGCAGUUGAUUUCCUUAUAUACAAUGGUACAAAAUCCAAACAUGACCCACUUGAAGUUAGGUGAACUGGUGAUGCUUCCCCCCGUCUGGAUAAGGUGUGAUGGUUCUGAUCCUGAGCACACUUACUGGCUUGGAGCUGAGCCUCUCAAAGCUGGAAAUAAAAUCAGCGGGAUCAAUCUCUAUAUGGUCACCUGUGAUGGUCCUACAGCUGAUAAAACCUCUUUUGCAAACCUGGAAGAGCUCCAAAUGACACACAAAAUGAGACAUCAUUCCUCUCAUGUGAUGACAAAAGGAUUUGCUCAGUAUGAACUUAUUAGAGCUGCUGCAAUAGAGGACACCAUUGUAGAAUCAGAAAGCAGUAUAUAUGUUGAUAUUACAUGGAACACUGUAGAUAAGAUUCUGGAGAUGCCUCCACUAAUUUCAUCUGCCACACUGAAUAUUACACUGGAGUCUGGGGACCCCAGAAGUCCUGUCUAUCAGCUCUACAGAGAACUGCAGUUUCUCCUUGCUUUGGCUGAAGGUUUGAAGACAGGUGUGACUGAGUGGCCUGAGCCAUUAGAGUCUGAAUCGGCCGUUGAACUGGUCCAGGAAUUUCUGACUGAUUUAAAGAAGCUGGAUGGACAUUGUGUGUCUGGAAACAAGAAGGAGACAGAGAAAAUCAAAUGUGACACAGCUGCAGUGGCCAGCUCAAUAAAAUCAAUCUUCAGUGAGCGAGGAGACCUGGAUUUUGCUGAACAAUUAUGGUGCAAAAUGAGAAGUGUCAGUUCCUAUCAGGAGUUGGUCCAGUGCUUCACAUUGGUCAUGAAAUCCCUGGAACGUGGUGAGAUACAGCCCUGGAUUCAUCAAGGGAGCAGCAGUUUUCUAAGUAAUUUGAUUCAACAGUCUUAUCAUGGAAAGAUGGAGGCUGUUUCCCUCAGUGGCAUCACUCCAAUUCAAAUGCUUUUGGAAGUUGGUUUGGAUAAGAUGAAGAAGGAUUAUGUCAGUUUUUUCAUAGGUCAGGAACUUGCAACAUUGACCUACUUGGAUUACUUCAUUUCUACAUCAGUAGAUCUACAAGAACAAGUUCAUCGUGUUCAAAAGCUUCACCAUAUGCUGGAAAUAAUGGUCAGCUGUACAGUCUUACUUCAGUUCAAGCAUGAGAACCUCUUCCCUUUAACACAAAUUUGCAUGAACUAUUACAAGGAACACCCUCUAAAUGAGAAGCAUGUGUUUCAACUGCCAAUCAGACCAGCACUUGUCAAGAAGUUCUAUCAAAAUGAUCACCCAGAAGUAUGGAAGGUGGACAUAAGCAGUGGGCAUGGACAGAAGGAGGUUAAAACGACGUGGCAGCUUAGCACUAAUCCUCCAGUUGAACACAUGGCAUCAAGCAGUGCAGGUCUCUUUUCCGACUCCAUGGUUGAUGGAAGCAGUGAAGAAACGAUGUAUUUUGUUACAAUGGCGAAGUGCAGUCAGGUGCAUUUCACAUAAGGCAGGCACUUGAAAGGUACAGUAAGGGGGAAAGUUCAGUAUUGUCUGGGUCCAACAGAGUAUUUAGAACCACUCUGUGAUUUGAAGAGCAGUCCUUCUUACUGAUUUACUUGCUUUGGUCUGGUUGGUGUGACGUACACUGCUGUGAUUCAUCUGUUCACAUCUGCUUUCUUUAGAAACACUGUGCAAUUAGGAAUGUACUACAUGGUUAUUUGACAAUGUAGUGGAUUCUUUUGUUCAUACAUUUACAAACAUUCAAUAAAGUUCUGCACUUUUGGGCUUUAAA